AUGGCGAAACAGCGUCGACCAGCGGGGAAAACAACAGGCAAGACCGAAUCCAAUGCUACGAGCGUUGUCUCGUCCACAGUGUCUUCGCGCUUCCCGUCAAGAGCAAGCUCGCCAACACCGAGGCAACCAUUCCGUUUCAUGGACCUCCCGGCCGAGCUCAGACUCCGCGUAUAUGAGCUGGUUUUGCUCAUGCCGGAACCGCUCGACUUGCACUCGGACAACUGGCGUGUAGUCUACCCACGCUUCGCCCUCUUCCUCGUCAGUCACCGAAUGCACGAAGAGGCAUAUCGAGUCUUCUACGCUCAGCCCAUUCGCCUCUUUCCGGCUCCCGCCGGUCGAUUCUUCAACACCAAGAAGCCACUGCUAGCACGUCUGCCCGUUCGAUACCGCGAGGCCAUCAACACAGUCGAGCUACGACUCGGACCUGGAUGGAGCCGACCACCCCGCUGUCAAAAUGUCCAGCCUACGCUGGGCUUGAUGGACUGCAAGAACCUGAGGAAUCUGAAGAUACUUGUAGAGUGUGACCCGAGUGAUAGCUUCUUCAAUGGGUUUCGUGGGUCCGGUGCGACGGAAGAGACGUACAAAUGGUUCUGUGUCGAUCUACUGGCAGGCAUAAUGGAACAAGUGCCUGCCCUAGAGACAGUCGAGAUCGAUGCGUGGGUUAAGAGAGACGUACCCAUCGUCACAGCUCUCCAAUCCUUGGUUGAGAACGCCAACAAACGACUGUUGUGGGGACCGUCCUUGAAACAGCGAGAGAUCGAAGAUGAGCUGCGUCUCCUCAGUCUGGGACAUGCAAUGUCGACCUUGAGUCUGGCAAAGCAAGCUCCGAGAUUGGUCGAGGCCCAAGCAUAG